UACGUUGAGUAGGUUUACGUGUACCACAAGUUGUGAACUUUAGCAUUGCUAACAACGAGAAUAUUGUUUUCCUUGUUAAAAAAUUUUAAUAAAAGAAGUAACACGCUGCUAAUUGAACUGCCAACAUCGCCAUAAAAUCUCCGGUUCAUUGUUUAGGAAUUUCAUAAGAAAAUUGUAUAAUGCCUCUGCGCUUGGAUAUCAAGCGAAAACUUAACGCAAGAUCGGAUCGUGUAAAAUGUGUUGAUUUACAUCCUAGUGAACCAUGGAUGUUGGUAUCACUUUAUAAUGGCAAUGUUCACAUAUGGAAUCAUGAAACUCAACUUUUGGUCAAAUCAUUUGAAGUAUGUGACCUUCCUGUAAGAGCAACACGAUUUGUUCCUCGGAAAAACUGGGUCAUCACUGGAUCGGAUGACAUGCAAAUACGCGUUUUCAACUACAACACCCUGGAACGUUCUCAUGCGUUUGAAGCUCACACAGAUUACAUUCGAUCAAUUGCUGUCCACCCCACCCAACCCUACAUAUUAACCAGCAGUGAUGACAUGCUGAUUAAACUUUGGGAUUGGGACAAGAAAUGGAGUUGUGCUCAAGUAUUUGAGGGCCACACUCACUACGUGAUGCAAAUUGUCAUCAAUCCCAAGGAUAAUAAUCAAUUCGCGAGUGCAUCACUUGACUGCAGUAUCAAAGUAUGGCAACUUGGUUCAGCAACUCCAAACUUUACAUUAACUGGUCAUGAUAAAGGUGUCAACUGCGUGGAUUACUACAAUGGUGGUGACAAACCUUACCUUAUUUCUGGCGCUGACGAUCGCUUAACAAAAAUAUGGGAUUAUCAGAACAAGACAUGUGUGCAGACAUUGGAGGGUCACUCACAGAACAUCGUGUGUGUAAGCUUCCACCCUGAACUUCCCAUCAUCAUGACUGGUUCCGAGGAUGGUACUGUUAAGAUUUGGCACGCCAACACAUAUAGACUGGAAACCACACUUAACUAUGGUAUGGAGCGCGUGUGGUGCAUCUCUGCUAUGAAGGGUUCGAAUAACAUUGCGCUCGGUUACGAUGAGGGAAGUAUCAUGAUUAAACUUGGACGGGAAGAACCUGCAAUGUCCAUGGACAGCAACGGGAAAAUAAUUUGGGCCAAACAUUCCGAGAUUCAACAAGCAAACUUGAAGGCUAUGACUGAACAAGACUUGAAGGAUGGAGAACGUCUCCAGCUUGCAGUGAAAGACAUGGGAAGUUGUGAAGUUUAUCCACAAACUUUAAAACACAACGCAAAUGGAAGGUUUGUUGUAGUGUGUGGAGAUGGAGAAUACAUCAUCUACACUGCGAUGGCUUUGAGAAACAAAGCCUUUGGUUCGGCUCUUGAGUUUACAUGGGCCCAAGAUUCAUCUGAAUAUGCAGUGAGGGAAAGUGGAACAUCCGUGAAACUUUUCAAAAACUUUAAGGAACGAAAAUCUUUCAAACCAGAUUUUGGUGCAGAAGGAAUAUAUGGAGGCCAUCUACUUGGAGUUCGAACAUCACAAGGACUUGCAUUUUAUGAUUGGGAGAACCUUGAACUUAUUAGAAGAAUUGAAAUCAACCCUAAAAAUGUGAUUUGGUCGGAUAACGGUGACUUGGUUUGUAUUACAUCCGAUGAAUCAUUUUACAUCCUUAAGUAUGAUCAAUCUAAGAUUGAAGAAUCAAAGGAGAAUACCGACCUGGUUACUGAAGAUGGGAUAACUGAUGCAUUCAGCGAUGAUAUUGGAGAAAUUGAAGAAGUUGUGAAGACUGGUUUAUGGGUUGGCGAUUGUUUCAUAUACACCAACUCUGUCAACAGAUUAAAUUAUUAUGUUGGUGGUGAGAUCGUCACCAUUGCUCAUUUGGAUCGGGUAUUAUAUCUACUCGGGUAUAUUCCAAGUGACAACCGACUUUACCUCGGUGAUAAAGAACUUAAUGUGGUGAGUUACUCUCUGCUGCUGUCGGUGCUUGAAUACCAAACUGCGGUGAUGCGAGAAGAUUUUGAGACUGCUGAUAAAGUUCUUCCUUCUAUUCCAAAAGAGCAAAGAACAAGAGUUGCACAUUUUCUUGAGAAACAAGGAUUUAAACCGCAAGCGAUGGCUGUAACAAGUGACCCAGAACACAAGUUUGAAUUGGCUCUUGGUCUGGGUGAUCUCAAGGUAGCUUACCAACUUGCACAGGAGGCACAGGCUGAGCAAAAAUGGAAGCAACUUGCUGAGCUGGCUACACGGAAAUGUGAGUUUGGACUUGCACAGGAGUGCUUACGUCAAGCAGAAGACUUCGGUGGUUUGCUUUUGCUUGCGACAUCAGCUGGUAACGCUGACAUGGUUAAGUCGUUGGCAGAUGGAGCUAAAGCAGGAGGAAAAAAUAAUGUGGCUUUCCUAAGUUACUUUAUUACUGGCCAAACUAAGCAGUGUCUCGAUCUGCUGAUCAACACAAACAGACUUCCUGAAGCUGCUUUCUUUGCUCGAACUUAUCUUCCAAGUGAAAUGAGCAGGGUUGUUCAAUUAUGGAAAGAAAAUCUUAGUUCAACAAAUAAAAAGGCAGCUGAUUCACUCGCUGACCCAGAAAAAUAUGAGAACUUGUUUCCAAACUUGGCAGAAAGUUUAGUGGCCGAGAAAUUUCUUAAUGCAACUGAGGAGUUGAGACCUGCUUCCCAUUACCCUGUCACACCGUCAAAUGAUGACCGCGAUGUACUUGAAGAGGCUGCUGGGUUUGAAUCAGGAAAUGCAGAUAAAAUGGUUGAGGAGGAGGACGUUGUUCCGGAGGUUUCUAUUCCACUGAUAAAGGAUGAAGAUGACGGAAAUACAGUCAAAGAUGAGCCUUGUGCUGGUGAAGAAGAGGAAGAUGAGACACCAGAUGUGGAAACACAAGAACAACAGGUGCCACAAGCUCCCUCCAGCCUGGAUGAAUAUGAUGACCUUGAGCUGGACAUUGAAAAUCUGGAGUUAGACGAUGAUAUAGAUACAAGUGGUGUGAAUCUUGAUGAUGAACUCUUGGAUGAUUAACCAGAUCUCUAGAUCUUCAUAUCAUUGACUUAUUUAUCUCGUAUAGAAGCGCUUAAGUUUUGCUGCAGAAUUUUCAUUUAAGUGAAACUUGUUUACCGGUGUUCAGAAUUAGCAGUUAAAUUUGUAGCGUUUCUAAUCUUUAAUAUUGUUGCGCCCGUAUUCUUAUAAGAGUUUGGUAUAGUUGGGAAACUAGCUGGUAUUUUGUACAUACAUUAUCUACAUUACCAUGCCUUAUUGUGUAGGAUUCAACACAACUUGCAAGCAUAUUGAAUAUUGAUGUGUAGUCAAAUAACAUUCACAAAAAUAGUUUUGUGCAAUAUCUAACAUUUCAGUCACACCUGGUUUAUUACUUUGCCAACAUUGUUUGGGUUUUUAAUUGUAACUUAAAAUAUGAAUAUUGACAUGGUGCAUCGCUCCAUUGCAAAAAUACAGAUAUAUGUACGACCAA